GUCCCAGCACACACACCCGCCUCUCUAUCCGAUUAUAACCAAGUUGUGGAUCGAUCGGUUUCAAAAUUUGAAACCCAGCACCACCACCACCCCACCCCACGCGGCGGCGGCGGCGAUUGCGGCGGAUGCCCCGCUGCUAGUAGCGUCGGGUGAUCGGGUCGCUCUACUAGGAGUAGCUAGCUAAGGCACCACACGCACGCACCGUCGUCGGCGACCGAUCGGAGGCGGGCGAGGAGGAUGGCGGCGAACGGAACGUGCCCGGGGCCGAUGAAGGCGACGUCGCAGGGGGCGUUCCAGGGGGAGAACCCGCUGGACUACGCGCUGCCGCUGGCCAUCGUCCAGAUCUGCCUCGUCGUCGUCGUCACCCGCGGCCUCGCCUACCUGCUCCGCCCGCUCCGCCAGCCCCGCGUCAUCGCCGAGAUCAUCGGAGGAAUUCUUCUAGGCCCAUCGGCGCUGGGGCGGAGCCACAAGUUCUUGAACGCCGUGUUCCCAGCUCAGAGCAUGACGGUGCUGGACACGCUGGCCAACAUCGGCCUGCUCUUCUUCCUGUUCCUCGUCGGCCUCGAGCUCGACAUCUCCGCGAUCCGCCGCACCGGCAAGAAGGCCCUCGCCAUUGCGCUCGCCGGCAUCAGCGCCCCGUUCGCGCUCGGCAUCGGCACGUCGUUCGCGUUCCGUGCCACCAUCGUCAAAGGCACGCCGCAGGGCCCGUUCCUCGUCUUCAUGGGCGUGGCGCUCUCCAUCACCGCUUUCCCGGUGCUGGCCCGCAUCCUCGCCGAGCUGAAGCUUCUGACCACGGACCUCGGUCGCAUGGCCAUGUCCGCCGCGGCGGUCAACGACGUCGCCGCCUGGAUCCUGUUGGCGCUGGCCAUCGCCCUCUCCGGUGACGGCUCGCCGAUCAUCUCGCUGUGGGUGCUGCUCACCGCUGCCGGCUUCGUCAUCGCCAUCUCCCUGUUCCUUCGCCCGGUGCUUGCCUGGAUGGCGCGCCGCUCCCCCGAGGGCGAGCCCGUCAAGGAGGUCUACAUCUGCGCCACCCUCGCCAUCGUCCUCGGAGCUGGUUUCGUCACCGACACUAUCGGCAUCCAUGCCCUGUUCGGUGCCUUCAUGGUGGGGAUCGUCGUCCCCAAGGACGGGCCGUUCGCCGGCGUCCUCAUCGAGAAGGUGGAGGAUCUCAUCUCGGGGCUGUUCCUCCCGCUCUACUUCGUCUCCAGCGGCCUCAAGACCGACGUGGCGACCAUCAAGGGUGCCAAGUCCUGGGGCCUGCUCGUGCUCGUCAUCGCCAACGCUUGCCUCGGCAAGAUCGGCGGCACGGUGAUCACGUCCCUGUUCGUUAAGAUCCCCGUCCGUGAAGCCGUCACUCUCGGGUUCCUCAUGAACACCAAGGGGCUCGUGGAGCUGAUCGUCCUCAACAUCGGCCGCGACCGCAAGGUGCUGAACGACGAGGCGUUCGCCAUCCUGGUGCUCAUGGCGCUGUUCACCACCUUCAUCACGACGCCCAUCGUGAUGGCCAUCUACAAGCCGGCGCGGCGGACGGUGCCGUACAAGCGCCGCACGGUGGAGUGCGUCGCCCCCGGCGACGCGGACAGCGAGCUGCGCGUGCUGGCGUGCUUCCACACCAGCCGCCACAUCCCCACGCUGCUGAACCUGGUGGAGGCCUCCCGGGGCACGGCGCGCCGCCGCCUCGCCCUGUACGCCAUGCACCUGGUGGAGCUCUCGGAGCGGUCGUCGGCCAUCAGCCUUGUGCAGCGCGCGCGCCGCGACGGGAUGCCCUUCUUCAACGGCAAGGAGCAGCGGACGGAGCAGGUGGUGGUGGCGUUCGAGGCGUUCCAGCAGCUGAGCUCCGUGCGGGUGCGCGCCAUGACGGCCAUCUCGGACCUGGACACCAUCCACCGGGACGUGAUCGACAGCGCCGCCGACAAGCGCGCGGCCAUCGUGGUGAUGCCGUACCACAAGGCGCUCCACCACGACGGCAGCUUCGUGUCGCUGGGGUCGGCGUACCACGCCAUCAACAAGCGCGUCCUCCGCGAGGCGCCCUGCUCGGUGGCCAUCCUCGUCGACCGCGGCCUCGGAGGGCACGCACAGGUGUCGGCCAAGAACGUGUCCUUCUCCGUGGCGGCGCUCUUCUUCGGCGGGCCCGACGACUGCGAGGCGCUCGCGUACGCGACGCGCAUGGCCGAGCACCCGGGCGUCGCCGUGACGCUGGCGAGGUUCCGGCCGACACGGCCGCCGCAGCUGGUGGACGAGGCCGAGAGCGCGGCCGACGAGGCGGCGGUGGAGGCGUUCAAGGCCAAGGUGGGGGCCGUGAAGGACGGGUCGGUGCGGUUCGAGGAGCCCGAGGCGUACACCAGGGAGCAGGUGCUGGAGACGAUCGAGUCGCUGUCGGGAUUCAACGUGUUCGUGGUGGGGCGGAUGCCGCCGGCGGCGCCGCUGGUGGAGAAGCCCGACGAGCUGGGCCCCGUGGGGAGCUACCUGGUGUCGCCGGACUUCAGGACGUCGGCGUCCGUGCUGGUGAUCAAGAGGUACGACCCGGCGACCAACCCCAAGAGCAAGAGGUUCGACCCCAAGGCGAGGCCGCCGGUGGCCACGGAGGAGGAUACGCUGGACGAGGAGAUGGGGAUGGGCAGCUCCACCGUGGUGCCCGUCAUGCAGUCGCCGAUGAGCAGCGACGACAUCGUGUGAGUACGUGUACGUAUAGACACGACAGACGACGACCGAGCUGCAUUGCAUGCGCUCGCUUGCGCUGAGGUGGACGACGCGUGUCGUUGUAUGUGUAUACGUACGUAGUCGCGUAUUGUUUCCUGAUAGUGCUCCACCUGAUGACGAGCGUUCCUGGCCUCGAUCACCUGCGUCGUUACAUAUGGUCGCGACGACGUGCGGUCUUAUAGGAGAGAUGAAGUACUGAAAGAAGUGUAUAUAUAUAUAUAUACUAUACGUGCUUACUGUGACAUCUGCUGUUGUACGACUAGCGUACGUACAUGCAUGUCUUGGGCUACUAAGUUACCCGUACUGUACGUCUGUAUUCAUCAAUGUAUACGGCUCCUAUAUUUUUUCCGUUCGUACUGUGUAUGUAUUACAUUGAUGAGCGCUUGUGAAGAUGCUCGACACGAAAAGUGAGCAACCUGUUUAGAUUUUUAUCAAAAUCUCU